AUGGAAGCUUCACACAGGAAACUCUCAGCAGCCGUCGUCCUCCUCCUACUCACUAUGGCCGGUGAGUUGGGGCCAGCUCAGGCGAAAGAGUGCUUGUCUGAGAGCACCACGUUCAAGGGUCUGUGCUUUAGCUCGAAAAAGUGCAACAAUGAGUGCUUGCAGGAGAGCGGAGCCUACUCCGGCGGCAAGUGCCGCGGCAUCCUGUUUACAUGCUGGUGCAUCACGCCGUGCGCGAUGACGCUGGCGCCAGCGCCCAGCGUCCAUGGCAGCCCCGACGGACCAGAGUGGGGGUGA